UCAUUUUCUGUUAAAAUAUGCCACUCUUAUAUGGCGUUUACACAAAAUAACAUGUAAAAUGUUUUCAUACUUUUACCUGCUUUAAUCAAAUUUCCCGAUAAUUUGAAAAAUACUACAAACAUUAUUUUAAACACUAAAGUACAUAAGUACACUUUGUAUGCGCGACUUUCGGAAACUUUCUUGUAAACCCUCGAGAAUUUUUUUUUAAUAAAACUUGACAUUUUUAUAACACCACAGUCAUUAGCUGUUAUCAUCGAAAGGUAGGAAUUUCAGUUUUCUUUUUCUCUUACUUCUUUCAGUCGUCUUUUGUGUCAUGGUUACAACAUUUGAAGAAAAAAAAAAAAACUAAAUGAAAUUUCUUUACUGAUGCAUUAUAAUACUACAGAAAAAAAAUGUGGUAUACAAAAAAAGUCAUGUUUUUAAUAGAUAUGAAGGAAUUUUUUUAAUAUAUAUAUUUCUAAAUGUUAUUUCAGCAAUGACUCAGAUAAACAACAUAUUAAUUGGUGGUAUACUUUUUAUUAGAUAUGAAAGAAUGUUUUCAAAAAUAUAUUUCAAAAUGCUAUUAAUAAGCGAAAUAACUUGUUGAAAAGUCAUAAUAUAUUGUAUAAUGAAAUAAUAUGUAGAUAUUUAUCAUUAUACAUAUAUAUGCCUGUUUCUCGUCGAUUCGAGCUUUCUCAUCGAUUCGAGCCAUUGUGUUUUAGUAAAAUUCAUGCUCAUGUAGCAUGUUCUUCCAUCAGGAACUUGUGUCAUUUACAUUUUAAAAUGCCUUGGAAAAUGUUAGUCAUGAAACCACUGAAAAAAUGAUGAAAUACCUAUUUUAAAUUUUUGCAUCUAAAAUUACUUAUUUCAAAAGGAAAUUACAUAGUGGGUAAUAUUGUGAGCCCAAAUUUCAAAUUUAAAGCACCCCGAGCAUAUUUCGACUGUUGUAACGAGUGAACAAGAAGUCAAACUUGAUAGAAAUUUGCUUUAUGGAAAUAGAAUAUGCAAACAUAAACAUUUAAUGACCUUCCAAACAGAGGGCUCAAAUUGAUGAGAAAGUUUUAAAAUGAUGUGGAGUUUCACCUCCUUCAGUCUCAUGCAAAAAAGUACAUAUAAAAGAUGAUAACAUUGUAAUUCUUAUUGCCCAUUGUUAAAUGCAAAUAUUUUUGCAACAAAAAACAAAAAUUAUUUAAUUGAACAGGUUUACAAAAAUUUGCACACCUCUAAAAGAUUUAAGAGGCUCGAAUCAAGGAGAAAGCAGCAUAUUAUGUAAUGAAAUAAUAUACUUAUUGAUAUUUAUCAUAGAUUAUAUAUUGGAUAAUAUAUUCAUAUUUUACAUAUAUUAUAAGAUGUUGAUGAACAAAUAUGAAAAAAGAAGAGUUAAAUGAUGCAAGAAUUGGACGAAAUAGCAAUAGUUGGAGUGGGAUGUAAGUUCCCGGGGGCCAGGAACCUGAAGGAGUACUGGCGGGUGUUGAGUGAUGGAGAAAACCACGUGAAGGAAGUACCUCGGGACAGGUGGAACAUCGAUGCCUACUAUGACCCCAACCCCAAUGCCCCCGGAAAGAUGUAUGUCCGAACUGCGGGCUUCGUCGAUGGCAUAGAUGAGUGGGACCAUCGCUUCUAUGGCAUAAAUGAUAUGGAAGCAGAGCUCGUGGAUCCACAACAACGCAUGGUACUCGACUGCGUUCACAUGGCGUUUGAAGAUGCUGGUAUAACACGGAAAUAUGUUGAGGGCUCAAACACAGGUGUUUACAUAGGAUGCAUGACUGAUGACUACAAAGGCCAUGUCCUGGACGAUACAACAGUUAGCAGUACCUACUCCGUGACUGGAACACACAAUAGCAUCAUCAGUGCACGUGUCUCCUAUGUUUAUAAUCUAACCGGACCUGCUAUGACCUUAGAUACAGCGUGUUCUUCAUCGCUUGUUGCAAUCAAAAUAGCAUCAGAAGCUUUGCUAUUAGGUACUUGCGAUAUUGCAAUAUGUGGCGGAGUGAAUGUUCUACUAGAUCCACAACUGUUUAUUGCAUUGUCGAAGGCUAGAAUGCUCUCCCCUGAUGGACAAUGUAAAACAUUUACCGCCGAGGCAAAUGGCUAUGCAAGGGGUGAAGGAUGUGGCAUUGUCGUAUUGAAGAAAGUAUCAAAGGCUCUGCAAGAUGGGAACAAGAUAUGGGCAACUAUAAAAGCAGGUUCAAAUCAAGAUGGCCGAAAUGCUUCCCCUAUUACAGCACCAUCUGGGCAGCAACAAGAAAAGUUAAUUGAAACUAUGUAUAGAAAACAUGAUAUAGACAGAUCCAUCAUAUCAGUUAUUGAAGCACAUGGUACAGGCACCGCUAUCGGUGAUCCAACCGAGGUGAAGGCCUUAGGAAACCACUUUGGUAUAGUAUCCGGGGCACGGGAUGUAUUUAUUGGUUCUGUGAAAACCAACAUUGGCCAUCUGGAGGCGGCUGCUGGAGUGGCAGGUUUAAUCAAAGUACUUUUGAUGAUGAAGCAUGACACUAUUGUACCGUCAUUGUGGUAUACAAAAGCUAAUGAAAAUCCGAAACUGUCCUUGUCAAAACAUGGUUUCAAUGUUCCAACUAUGUGCACCCCGUGGGUAAAAACAAACGGUUUAGAAAGGGUUGCAUGUGUCAAUAGUUUCGGCUUUGGAGGCACUAAUGCACACGCUAUUGUAAAAGAAUUUGACAAUGUUGAUAGAAACAACCACGUGGAGCAAACAGCCAUACCAUAUUUUGUAGCAGUUUCUGCUUUAGAUGACGUAUCUCUGCGCGAUAAUAUCCGUCAUUUGGCGGAAAGUCUUAAGUCCACAAAAUACAACAUUUCAUCUUUGUCUUGUACAUCAACGUGUAGAAGGGAUCAUCAUCCUUUCAGGAAGGUAUUUCAAGUGCACUCGCAGGGGGAUCUAGUCACAAAAUGCGAGAACUUUUUGUCUAGGAAAGAAGAAACUCCAACAGUUUCCGCCAAAAAUAAAAUUGUGUUUGUAUUCUGUGGAGUUGGAACAACCUGGCGUGGAAUGUGCAAGACCCUGUUAGAUAUCGAAAUAUUUCACAAUACGAUACGGGAAAUUGACGGCCAUCUGGAACAACUCACAGGCUGGUCGAUAGAAGAGACGUUUGCCAACUCAAGUGAUAUAAACACAGAUCCAGUUGUAUCGCACAUCGCAAUAUUUUGUUGCCAAGUUGGACUCGCAAGUCUUUGGAAAGGACUUGGAGUGACACCUGAGGCUGUAGUAGGCCAGUCAGUAGGGGAAGUUGCCGCAGCGUAUAUAGCAGGCUAUGUAGACUUAAAGACAGCGGUCCAUAUAAUAUAUUUUAGGUCCAUAGCACUUGGCACUGUGAAGCGGGGAACAAUGGCAGUUGUACGAAACAUUCGGACAGAGACGGUCAAGAAGUAUUGUGCGACAAACAACGAAAAGGUGUGCGUAGCUGUCAUUAAUAGUCCAGUAUCUUGUACUAUUUCCGGUGACGAAGAUGCCAUCCAUAAUCUUACAAAACGUCUAGAAAGUAUACCUGACACAACUCCAGUAAUAACAAAGCUUGAUGUCGGUUGUGCCUAUCAUAGUCCUCUUGUUGUGGAUGCUGCAAAUCAACUAAAAGCGAAAUUAGAACAUAUCCAGAGCAAACGUGGGGUUAUACCAAUGUGUUCAUCUGUAACUGGAAAAUCUGAAACGAACGGACUUCUUUCCACGGCAGAGUACUGGGAGAAAAAUGUGAAAUAUCCAGUUUUGUUUGAUGAUGCUGUCAGAAACUCUACAACACAUAAGGGCCAUAAUAUAUUUCUUGAAGUUGGACCACAUCCUGUGUUGAGAGCACAUGUCAAGAAUAUAUUACCAAGUGAAAGAAAAUACACAGUACUGCCAUCCAUGAAGAAGGAAGAUGACAUGAAUACGCUCGCAGAUUCAAUCUGUAAACUAUUUGAAGAAGGGGCAAAUAUUACUUGGAAAUUAUUACUUCCCUGCAGAGGCCAACCAACAGAAAUACCCAUAUACCAGCUUCGCAGACACCAAAAGCUUUUCAGAAGUGAUAACGCCCUAACGAGGACACAGAAGCUUGAAACAUCGUCUGUUGCUCACCCUUACGUUAAACGGGUUCCUGCGAUAAAUGAACACAGUCAAUUUAAAAUGGAAGUUGACCAUGAGACAACAUGGUUUGUCUAUCAGCAUGAAGUAAACGGAACAGUUAUAUUUCCAGGAGCCUGCUAUGCAGAUAUCGGUUUUGAAAUUGGUAAAUUAGCGAAGAAGACCAAAUGUCAGUCUGUAGUGUCUGUAGAAUUUUUGCGUCCUGUGAGAAUAGAAGAUGGUAGAAAAACUCUUCUUCAGAUUUCUACUGUCAAACAAGACGAAGAAGUGUUAUUUCACGUGAAAAAUCAGAACGUGGUUACUUGUAAAGGUUGGGUGAAACAAGUUGCUUCCGAAAGAGUAAGAAGAGGCAUAGUCGAUUUGGAAAGCCUACGAAUGUCCGUCUCUCGUGUGAAAACUGAAACCUUCGAAAGGGAAGAUAUAUACAGAAAGCUGCAGUCACUUGGAUUUAAACACGGAACGUGUUUUCGUCUCAUGAUAAAUGCCGUUACAAACGGCAAGGAAAGUCUGUCAGAAAUGAAUGUUCCUAACAAUAUUUUACACGAAGCAGACUCAACUGUAUUACACCCAUGUAUACUUGACGUUAUGAUGCAGUCAACAAUAAACACAACAAAUGACGACCUGAUGAGUACAAUACAACAAGAACAGUUGACAUUUUUACCAGUAGCAAUAAACGAAAUAUACAGUUACAGAAAACCAGAAGAGAAAAUGAUCAUAUAUACGAAAAGAAUAAACACAACUAUAUUAGAGACAGUGUUUCAAUCACACUACAACGUUCUACUGUUGACACAAGAUGGUCUUCCUGUUGCAGAAAUUGUAAAUUACUGUACAUUCAGCCGUCGUCAUGGACACACUGCACCUUGCGACCUUAGCUAUGAGCUUCACUGGCACAUGCUUCAAGGGUAUACAAAAGACAGCAAUCUAGCUUGCCCAAAAGUACUUCUUAUGACAAAUUCUGAAUAUCAAAAAACUUCACAGGCUUUUGAAACUUUUAGGAAUAUCAUCGUUUCUCGGCAAAACAGGGAUUGUGACACAUACAGAACAUAUGUAAGGGAAUCAUUUGACAUCGCAAGACAGCGUUGGGGCUCUAUUAAACAAGCGGAUGCUAUAGUGCUAUUGAUACAAGAAAGUUUCGUUGAACACAUUACUACAAAAGAAGGAGCAUUUGAACUAUACCAGCUGAUCAAAGGAAAUUGUCUGCUCCUGACGGAACUCAUCAAAUUCAAAACUGAAUCUGCCAUUCCUACCCCAUUAUACGUUGUGACACAAAAUACUCAACCAGCGUUGCCCAUACAGGAAGCAAGACAUAACAUGAUAGGAGCAGAGUUGUGGGGCUUUGUUCGUUCUCUUCACUUGGAAUUUAUCCACGGUGAUAUAACUAUGGUAGAUUUGCAACCAAACCUGGAAGAGACAAGAAACAGCCUCGUCAACUUUAUAGCUGCAAGUCUUCAUCGUCUUUCGACGACAGUACCUGAUAUAAUUAUACAGUAUGAUAACAUAUUAGGGGCACAGCUUGACAAGGUUAAACGUAGUGAACUGACACCAUCACUUAGAAGAGAAACAAGUCCAGUAGGAACUUUUGUUAGUUCAUGUGACGUUUUCUCCAAACUGUCUUCAGGAAGAGGCGACAUACAUCUUUGCAUUUCGGAGUCAGAUACACGACAAUCAGAUAAAGUGUUUAACGUAAUAAGAGUGUCCGAAGUAGCAUUGCAUCCUAGUGAUAUGUUCCCUAGAACAACCAGCGACCUGAAAUCAGAGCAAGAUAUUUGGCAAGACUCUCUUACGGAUGGAUAUUCAGUUAUAGGCGUAGAAUAUACAGGUUACCCGAGAUCCACGAACAAGAAACGGGGUCCAGUUUGCAAGACAGGAGUAUCUCAAAAUGAUACAGAAGGAAUGGAAGAUAUGUGGAAGGUGGUGGCAUUUUAUCCAACUCAGAUAAGAACAGAAACAUCAGUUCCUAAAGAAUGUAUUAUUCACUUGAAAGAUCUUCCGUUCUACAAACCCGGGUUAAUCACAUAUGCUAUGAUGUUUUGGAAGUUUGUAGAACAUGUUCCGUUGAGACAGAAUGUAUUUGUUUGCAAAGGCCGUUCCAGAGCAUUACCAUACGCAAUUCUGGAAGAAAUGUUGAAAAGCUUGAAACAUUCAAGAAUAAUUAAUCCAGAAGAGAUAGAUCAAACACCAGUUGAUUUGGUUUUAACACUAACAAAGUUCGAAGAAAGUUAUGAAUUACUGUGGAAAUGCAGCACAAUUGUGUGUUUGCAAAACAACUUUCAGGAAUCAAUUGAAACAACGUUAGCAAGAACCAACAAACACACCAUCAUCAAAAUUACAACAGAACAAUUAUUCGACAGGAAGUACAUUUCAAAAUUUCUCCCAAAGGUUGUGUCAUGGUUACAAAGACACAGCAAAUUCGUGGAGACCUGCAUUUCACAUCACGUGUCUAGAGCUGCUGUCAGAUCCUUUGAAACCUCCGAUGAUAUUUUAUUUCCAUGCAACGUCAUUCAACUUUAUAAAGAUGGUCGUUUGAAUAUUCCAUUGAGACAUUCGCUCUCAAGUUUAUUUUCAAGACAGGGUUGUUACAUCGUUACCGGUGGUACGACAGGUCUCGGAUGGGAAACAGUAAAACUUUUGGCUGAAAUGGGAGCUGGAGUUGUAGCUCCAAUGUCUCGAAGAGCUGUCGCAAGUGACAAGGCCGAGGAAGCCAACAGACUUUCAAGGUCAACAGGAAGUAGUAUAGUUUUCUUACAGUGUAAUGUUAACGACUUUAAGUCUGUUACUAAUGCGUUGCAAACACUGCAGGUUAAGGCACCCCAGUUCACUCUAAAAGGUGUCUUUCACUGUGCUGGAGUUUUACAAGACAAGCUGCUUAUGAACAUGGAUGAGACCAUAUUAGAAAAUGUACUUAAACCAAAGGUAUUGGGAACUCUCAAUAUGCACGUGGCAACCCGGGCAAACAAUCUGGAUUAUUUCGUUGUGUCUUCAUCAAUCAACCGUUUCGUUGGAUCUCCAGGACAAAGUAAUUACGGUGCGGCAAAUUCCUUUCAGGACGCUUGUAUUGAAUGGAGACGACGUUCAGGACUGCCAGGUCAGGCAAUAGAUUGGGGAGCGCUGAGUGUUGGAAUGGCUGCCAGAUCUGUGUUCAUUGAUAACUUCGCCAAACGUGGCUAUAGUCUGAUGUCCGUUGCCGAAAUACGCAGCUGUUAUCAAGAGAUAUUGCUGAGAAACACGACCAGUGUUGUAUACAGCGAUAUAAACUGGGACGCAGCAGCUAAAGACUACCUCAACCCGCACAUGGUCAGACCAAGAAUUCGAAUGGAGUUACUCUUAGAUGAAUCCGUUUCCAAAAUUACAAGUGAUGAAAACGGGAACGAAGCAACAGAUAUCUCGUUUGAUGUUCAAUCUCUAAAAAAUUCCGACACAGAAACGCAAAUGGUUUCUUUGGUACGACUUCUCACACUUGUGGCGGGCAAAGUCAUCGGUGGUCCAGUCGGUCAGAUAUCCGAGACGUCGACGUUAUCGGAAAUGUCGUUUGAUUCAAUGUCAACCGUUACGUUCAUCAACGUAAUCCAGGAAAUGACGGGUUAUAGAAUUCCUCCGCGUUUCUUGUUAGACACGGGGCGGACAAUAUCAGACAUGGCAGAUCUGCUUCAAGAAAAGUUAUGUGUUACUGUACAUAAAGAAGAUACUAGAAAAAAAGAAUAAUGUUCCUCCUGUGACUGAAGAAAGUUAAGAUGUUAGUCAAUUUUAGACUUGCUGGGUUGGUGGAUGAUUGUCAAAAAGUGCGCAAAGUAAAAAUUACAGAAAUAAGCAUUAGUUGUCCCGUAGCGGAUAAGAUGCAUUCAUAAAGCUGAAUUUUGAUACAUAUCUAUGCCGAAUACACUCUCUGACUUCAAAACGAAUCAAAGACUGGGGGCCUCCGUGGCCGAGUGGUUAUGGUCGCUGACUUAAAUCCACUUUCCCCUCAUUGAUGUGGGUUCGAGCCUCACUCGGCGAGUUAAAGUCUUCAUUUGAGGAAGCUAUCCCACUGGCUUACGGAAGGUCGGUGGUUCUAACCAGAUGCCCGCUUGUGAUAAGAUUAUGCUCGGAGGGGCACCUAGGGUCUUCCUCCACCAUCAAAGCUGGAAAGUCGCCAUAUGACCUAUAAAUGUGUCAGUGCAACGUUAAACCCAACAAAAUGAAUAAAACGAAUCAAAGACUAUACAUACCAAAAUUAACAAGUUUUCCACUUUUUUGUUGUUCUUUGUUAAAAAAUCAUAGGAUUUUUCUAAAAUAAAAGGCACACUCGUGUAAAUUUUUAAAUUCUGCACAUUUACAUGAUUGUCUAACUUUUUCAGUUACAUAGUUGGGGAGAUAGAUUUAUAUCGAACCUUAUUUUUUUUACUUUUUCAGGAAACACAAAAAACAUAUUGAUCGAUAGCACUUUUUAAAAAUACUGAACCUACAAUUAUGCAGUUUCGGUUGUUUUGUGUUUUCUUUUGGGUUUUUUUUGUUGUUUUUUGUUGUUGUUUUUUAAACUAAAAUAAACUAUGUUAAAAUUAAUCAUCAAUUAAACGAUUGAAGUUCAGUUCAUUUUAAAUUAUUUUUAUAUCGAAAAAAUAUAAGAAUCGAAAAAAAACAACUUAAUCUUCAAUUUUUUUUUUUACCUUUUUGGGGGUUCGGUUAUUUUGAUUACAGAGUUGACCAAUUUGGCUGCGGUAUUUUGUCAUGCGGCCAGUUUUGCCUUUUCCUAUUCGCUUUUUAUUCCGGUAAUUUCAGGAAAGGUGGCACACUGCAAUUUGCUUGUAAUAAGUUAAAAACCCCGAAACAGCAAAAAAUCUAGGUUCGGCAUUUUAAACGGUGUCAUCGAUAUGUAGCUCAUGAAACAAAAAAUUGGGAGAUGUAUUGUUUGCUGGUAUAAAUUUGUCUGAUGCAGAAAUAAUUCCUGUAAUGGUUAUCUUUCAUAUCAGUAUGUAUAAUAUUUAUACAAAGUUGGUUUUAACUGUUGUUGAUUUACAUAAUUGUUUGAUGUUGAUUUACAUAAAAGUAUUCUGUUUUGAUAUUAUCAUAAAAUCUUAAAUGCUGUGAUAAACAAAUUUUUAUACAUUUUGUACAAAGUAUCGACUUUCUUCACAGAUAUAUUUCGUGCAAAUACUUGAUUGUCAGCUGCUAUCUGUUUGAAGUGAAAGUAAUACUAUUAACGAGUAUGUAAGGUCAAAACGUGCUAUCAGCACAUUGUAUUUACUAAUUUAUUUUGCUCAAUUGCAAAACAAUUCAUCUCAACUUAAACUAUUAUUAAACUUCGAGCAGUAAGCCCAGACUUACACUGUACGUUCUUUACGGCAUUUACCGUAGUUUUUCCGUAAGCUAAAAGUGCAUUCGAGACUCAGUUCCCGAAAUCGAAUUAUAAUCUCUUUCUAUACACCAGCCAUAAUUGGAACCAGUCAUCUAUUAGAAUAAGUGCCAGCAUUUGUCAUUACUGGUACCCAUUAAUUGGUACCCAUUAACAACUGGUUAGACUGAUAGACACACCUACAGUGACCUAACCAGGAUCAUCAUUUAGUCCUCUAGGCAAUAGCAUAAUGUCGCUCUUCUGCUGUUUUGAGUUGCCUAUAACAGGAAAUAUUAACGCCAUAGUAACAUUUUUUAAAAAUCAGGUCAAGUUUACUUAAAGUAGCUACGUUGAUAAAAAUUAAACUUUAUAUUUAAUGUGGUCGUUUAUGACAUUUAUGACAAACGAAAAUAGUCAAACAGUUGUCAGUGACACUUUAAUCCGUUAUCUGGUCUCGCGCAAAAAAAAGGAAAGAUCAUAAUGCAGAAUGAACAAAUAAUAAGUUUAAUUGACUUUUUUUUUCAGAAAUUUUGCUGAACACGGCAUAAAUGGAGCUUUUUAAAUUUCAUUUAUUUCUGAAUUGAAGAAUGUAUUGUAGAGAGCUUGGAAAUAUUGCGUUCACAUUAAAUGACGAAAUGAAGAGAAUGUUACGAAUGAAAAAUCAAAUUCUUAAAGAUUAAUAACAUUCUUCAUAUGAAAUAAAUUGUGACUGUUAUCGUAUUAACAUGAUUAUGCAUAAUUUUGCUUAUGAAAAACUAUGAAUAUGUAGAAAUAGUGUUAGUAAUUGUUGAAGAAGUUGAAGGUGAUUUUGUUUCCUUCCAUAGGUAAUUUUUGAUCAGUAUACUGUGGGACCAGACCGAAAAGACCACCCACGGGAAAAGCAAAAAGUGAACUUUGUUGUCAGGUGGUAUCUGUUCAUUGAUAAUGGUCUGAUAGGAGUUACAAAUCAAGGAAUUUUUAAGUUUUGUAAAUGUAUAUAUGUCUAUACAAAUGAAUAUUUCUACCUCAGCGUCUAUGUCAAAUAUCUAAAAAAGUUUUAUGUGAUUGACAAUGUAUUUAAAAUAUAUACUAGGUUUUACAGUUGUCACAUGGAAUUACACAAGUGUAUGUGUGUCAGACAAUGAAAUGGCCUGUUCCAGACACAUGUGUCAAUGCCAUGCCAAUCAAUUUAUAGAACAAAGUUCCAUGUAAAGAUGCAUUUUUAUUUACCUUCUCUCACAUUACAUGUAUGUAAGUUAAUGCCAAUAAAACUAUACGUGUGUUUUCCAUUUCUUCAUGUAGAGUCUUGUACCUGGAUACUUAUACGUCAUAGAAAUGUUUUACUGAAAUGUAAAAAAAAAAAGAUUGUCAACAUGUUUUCACUACUUAUUUGUAUUAAAUGUGGAUAUAAAGUAUUUAUUAGACUGUAUUUAUUGUGAAACCUUUAAUUCAGUUUGUUAUAUUUGCACGUUUAAACACGUUUGUUUACUUCAAUGGAUAUGACAAUUUAUAUGUAAGACUUAGAUUUACUUGUGUUGUUUAUAUUUGAAUUUGUUUCAGUGAGAAACAUUAGUGAAUUAUCGUUCAUUUAAACUCUCUGAAACUACUUCGGACCUUUCAUUGGAUUACUCAAUAACUCUGCUUUUAACACUAUUUAUUUUGUUUGUUCUGUAUGGUAUACAUUAAGUUUAACUAUUUACAACUAUGAUAAUCAAACUAAAUAAUUAAGCUGUAUAGCUCUAUAAUGUUAACAUUUUGGUGUCUAAAUUUUGAUAGUCCGAAAAUUUAAUGAACAGAAAAGUGAAAAAUUUCAAAAAUUAUAACUUGAAUAUCUCCAUGAGACACAACGAUAAAGUCAGAGGAUUCCAACUAGAUAGGUUCAAUGCCUGGGUCUUUAUUUAACAGGUGAGAUAAUAUGUUUUUCACUUAUGUAUUUAAAUUUUGUGUAUUUUCACCUUUAUAAACAACAAUAUAUCUAUUUGGUAACAAGGUUAUUAUAUUUCAACAUGAACAUGCUGAUUUCAACAGAAUGCAGUGAUACAUACUGAAACGCGGUAGGGUAAAAUAAGCACGUUGCUGUCGAGAAAAUGCACGAGGAAAGGAAAAAAGAUUAGUACUAUUUAUAUUUGGACUACUUGUGACUAGACCUGCGGAAGCUUACAUUCUAUUUGAUAGUGAUCAGCCUAAUACUGACUGGACUUAACUUACUUUGUAGCUGGCGUAAAGCGUUAGACUUGCGAUUCUUAUUUCUAUUGUCCAGUUGGUUCGAAUCUCAACGUUAUCAGUACUUUUUUUUAUAUCUUUGUGUGUGUGUUUUUAUGCUUCGUUCUUUUUAUGUUUUAAUUACAUUUUUUUCUUUUUAAUGAUGCUUUUUCGUUAUUUUUUGUUUUUCUAUUUUCAUAUAAGAUAUGACAUUUAGUAUGAAACUGAGUUGGGAUAAGCAAUUUAUGCUAUUUUUGUGUACAUUUAAUUGAAACUGCUAUGGGUUUGAUUUCUGGGAAGGGCCGUUUACUGAUGUUGUAUGAACUUGUGGCCCGACUCAUUUGCUUAUUUUCUUGGCUGUACAUGUACAUUUUUGAUGUUUGAUAUUAUAAAUGUAAAUAUUAAUAAGCAAUAAAAUACGAUUAAACAAUAAUUUGAUUUCUGGCUAAUUGGACAAAGUGUCAAUCAUGCUUGUGUGACGUCAUAAUUAUUACGUCUUAUGUUGUACUUAUGUUGUUUAUCUAGUUUUCAAGAUCCCGCAAAAGAAUUAAUGUUUUCAUGGAUUUUAUUCAGUAUAUCUUUAUACCAAGAACUGUUCGACACAUGUAUGCAUUUUCAACAAAGCUUUUGUUUUUUAUCAUACAUGUUUGUAUUUUCAGCAGUUACGAUAAAUUUAUAACAAAUUAAUGCGCUUCAUCAUUUCAUAAUUGUAAUACCGAGCGAGCAUAGACAGGUGCCGUGCAAUAUUUGUUGAGACAAUUAGACAUACAGAAUUUAGAACAGACCUAUGGUUCUAGGACGCUAGAACUCGUUUAAAUGGGUCAAUCGUGUUGUUGUACUUAUAAAUAGACUAGCCCGGUUUAUAUAAUAAUAGUUGGCCAGGGCUACGGAUAUGUAUUGUAUUUUCAUGCGCGGGUCCAGAGUGGGGACCGGGGGUCCGGACCCCCUCUGGAAAAUCCUUAAAAAAAGGAAAGAAGAGUAGAAGGAAAGAAAAUGUUUUUAUUUUUCGAAAAAGGCAAUAUUAGGACCGCAUUCAAAGUAUAAGCGGCUGCUGCUUCAUACAACCCCGACAUAAUUCAUAUUUAUAUUAAUUAUCUUAAAGAAACUAAGAAUUCAGAAUUCUACCUUGAAGAAAACUUGAUUUUUGUUUAUCAUUUUCCCAAAAUUUAACAGGUUAACACAUAUUACUGUGAAAAUAAGGGGUAUAUUGUAUAUAAAAUUGCAGUGGAAAGGUGUUCUUAAAUGCUCCUAAAAUGCCCCUGAAUGCAGAAAAUGAAGCGCGGGGU